CCAGAGGGAAGCUGCCUUGGCCUCUGAAGGAGGAGAGAAGGAAGGGCUGCAGCAGCAGAGAAGAGCCAGGCUCCUUGACCAAAGAAAAGAGCAGCCUCCUCUGCCUUGGGCCCAUUGCAUUGACUGGACUGCCCUCCUUCCAGGAAAAGAAGCCUUUCAAGCUCCUUGGAAAGCAAAGCCCAGCAUGAGCUCCCAGCAUCUGGUCCAGGACCCAGAGAAAGGGGCCAAUCCGGGGAUGAUGGGAGAUGGAGUGUCCUCUCCCCGCAAAGAAGGGCCCUGGAAGUGCCUCAGCCUGGCCUCCUUCGCCCUGCUGCUGGCAGCCACCGCCCUCUUCGCCCUCCUCCAGAUGGGGGCCUUCGGAGCAGCCCCUGGGGAACAGGACUCUAAGGAGAACGGAAAGUCAUUUGCUGAAGACCUGCUUCCCAAGACGAUGAAAGUGCAAGCCCUGAUAUCCAGGAAACCAGCUGCCCAUGCCAUUGCUUCCUUGGCUCAUCAUGAUAAAUUGGUGUGGACUACCAAUGUGGCACCUUCCAUGCUGGAGAAUGGCAUGCGGCUGGACAAGGAAGACAAUGCGCUUGUGGUACCUUCCACGGGACUCUAUUUUGUCUACUCUCAGCUCCUUUUCCACAAGGACAGCUGCCCAUCCACUGUCCCUGUGCUGCUCACCCACAGUAUCUCAACAUGGUCUGAACAGUUCAAAACUGAGGUGGAGUUGUUGAAAUCCAUUAAGACGGCCUGUGAGGCUGGGCAUGGCGCUCCAGGCCAGAAAAGGCUGUGGUUUGAAUCCAUUUAUCAAGGGGCCGUCUUCCAGUUGUACAAAGGAGACCGCCUCUGGUCGAAAACAGAAUCCUUCGAGUUUCUGAACCUAGAACGGCAAGGACAAAUCUACUUUGGGGUGAUUGCCAUGUAAGAAAAGCCUUCCACCAAAGCCCUUGUCUGGAGUCCUAGUUACAGUUCAGAUUAUUCCUCUUAUCCGGCCUCUUUCCAUUUUUUGGGCCCUUAGCUAUGUAAGAAUUAAAAAAAGGAAAAGGUUCUUGACCAUCCUCAAAAUUGAAAAUAUUGCUCCAUCAGGACAAAAGCAAGGGACAGAACUGUGAACUGACAUUGGGGGUGUAGGAGUUUGGAGUAGGUGGGCAUCACCCUAGUAUUAUUUUAUGCUAUUAUGCCUGAUUAAUCUAUUUAUUUCUAUUUAUUUAUUUAUUCAUUCAGUGAGAAUACUGUUGAUAUGUGGAGAAGAUUAUGAAUGUAUAUUUAGUUUGUCAGUUUGGGACCACAUGGCUGCAGAAAUGCAAGGCUUGGGGAAGUUAUCUUUGAGAUAUAUGUCCCAGAAUUCCCCAAAACGUACCUUCUCCAAGUUCUGAAGAAAAACAAGAGUAGUGUGCUAUGCACACAAUGAACUGUGUAUUUAGAAAUGUGCAAGGAUUUGAGUGAGGCUCCACUGCGGUGGCCAAAUGGAGGUAAACCAUUUGGGGUCACUGUGGAAUUUCCUAAAGCUGUCUUCAAUGGAAAUUGUGAUCUGUUGGAUCCAGCAUUUGGGACACCUCUUCAGAUUAAUUGUAUAUAUACUAUGUAUAUCUGCUGAGAUGACUUGACUAUGUCAAUGUGAUUAUGGCUGGCAUCCUUCAGUGGCAGUAGUAAUGGCUGCAUAUGUUUACUUUCCAUCAUUGUGGAGGCUGAUAUUCCCUCCCUCUCUCCAAAAUGAUAAAAAUUCCCUCCUGGAUUUACCAUAGAGCCACUAGGUGGGAACUAGAGAAUAAUCUGGCUCUGUCCCUGUAUCCAGAUGCAAAAUGAUGUCUCUGCAGUUGGUAUAAUCUCUUUGCAUCUGGCUAUGAGGACACAGCCAGAUGCUUCUCAGAUCCCCCCCCUCCCAUCACAGAAUGGCCAUGGACUGAAAAGGCUUUGCACUAAGUCCUGGGGGUGGUGAAUGGGCAGCUGCUCUUCUGCACUGAAUCAUAUGGGAUUCCUGCCAGAUUAUUUUACAUGAACUACUUCUGAAUGGUUGGGAAUGGGACACUGGGAACAGGAAUCCUACAGUUCUCUUCUAAUUUACCAGGAGAUAUUUUUUUCUCUGUUGGAUAAUGCAAUAUCAAAUAUGCACUCUGAUGCCAGAAUGCCUGAGUUACUUUCUUAUCGUGUAUUUUAAUGCCACAUUUAGGAAUAUGUUGUUGAAGUGCUAUAUGCAUUCCCUUCAAACAAAUGAAUUGUGAAGAGAAUGAACGUUUUAUAUGUGUGCGUGUGUAUUUAAGAACAUUGCUUAUUUAUUUAUUUAUAUUUAUAUUUAUUGUGAUGUAGGCUCUGUUUGACACAGGGUGGAAUUUUAUUUUAUUUUAAAAAUUGCGAGUUUUGUUGUUCACAUUUGUACUUGAAGUAACUUUGAAGGAGACCAAGCAAUACA